AUGGAUGCUGCAGAAUAUUCGACUGUGAAAGAAAACUUGAGACAGGCGUCAAUUCGUAAUGGAUUCGAUGACGUUGGCGAUGUCUUUUUCGAUGUUGAAGCGAACAGCGGCUUUCAGUUCCCGCGUCAUGGCAGAUCUUUGGGCAAUGUUUUGGACAUUAAUAGACGAUCGUCAAUAACCGGAAGUACUCCAGGUGCUAAUUUACAGAGAAGAAAUUCUAAAACAUUCAGCACAAUAGCAAGAUUCGCUCAGCUAGGAACAAAACACAGACUUAUCAGGUCCACGGGUGAUGACACAGGUAAUGACGUCAUGAUUCCGACGGAACGACUUCGGCGUGGGACGGUUCAUGGCACGUCCAUGGCCCUCACAAACGGAAGUAGAUUGCCAAGCAAGCGCAGAAGUGAUCCUAGUGCAAAUGCUACUUCCGGCUCACAGGACAACAAACUUUUUCUUCUCAUGCAUUUGUCUGCAUUGGAAAGAAAAAAAGCGUCAGCUAAGAAGUCGAAAACAGUCCACAAGUUCCGUAUGUGGGCCUCCAUUUGUAUCGUCCUGCACAGAAAACACAAACGGCUGAUCCAAGUAUGGAACGAAGACACCGCCUACCAUAAACAGAUGGAGGAGAUUGAUCAGAGUCUGGAGGCCGCGGAACAGACGGGUGUUAUUAGUAACAAACGGCUUAACACCGACUACUUCAAAGCAGACAAACAGAUGCGAAUGUCGCAGGAAGGACGCCGGACUUUGACGAAACCUUCAGAUGAACGGACUCAAGCCGAGAUACACCAUUCUACUCUAGCCCUUCGGAAUGUAAAGAUAAUUGGGGAUUAUUCAUUAAAGAUACAACAAGCAUUCGCUAAAGUAGGAUUUUUUGAAAGUUAUGAAGCCAAACGAUUCAUUGUGAAGGAAGGUGGUACACCGGAGAAUUACUACGUCAUCAUAUACGGCCAAAUCAUUAUCGUGAAACUUGACGAACACAGGUCGACGGCCAAAACGCUAGUCAAGUUAAAAAGAGGAGAAGAUUUUGGGGAAUUAGGGAUAUACCACGGUAAGCCGAGACAGGGUUCUAUCAUUACAGAAACCUAUACCGAACUACUCCGGGUCUCCGCCGAGGACUUCAAAACAAUAGUGAUGGGAGGAAAUAGGCUCGAUCCCGAAGUUGACCCUUUUUUACUCAACCAGAGUUUUCUACAAGGCUGGCCACUACCUGUACUAAAAGAACAUCCGAAACAGUUCAUGACCAGCUACGUCCAACGUAACACGGUCAUGGAAUUCGACAGCAGACGAUCCGACUGGCUCUACAUAGUCAAAUCGGGUUCAAUCAAGGUGCUUAAGAAGCUAGUGAAGACAAUACCAUCGGUCAGCCAGAGAACAGGACGACACGUAGAAAAGGCUCAUACAAACGGAUACCAGGCCUUCCUCGUGCGGGACACCGACUACAGCAGACACGCGCGCUAUAACGGGUUGUAUAUUCCUCGAGCUUUGACCAUGGAGAGUGAUGAUGAUGAGAGUCAGGAUGACCCUCUGUCGGCCAGGAGUAAUCUAAGUGACGACAUCAAAUCCGCACCUCUCCUGGAAAGGUUGGAAAAAGUGCUCCGACCUUCCACAGCCUUCCACAUGACCACGCCCAAUUCCAAGCGUCUGCACAGAUAUUCAAAAUCGGCCGUAUAUCGACGUCAAAAGACAAAUGCGCGGACACUGACAUCGACGACAGAUUCACAGAUAAAUGAAAAAGAUAAAGAAAACGUGGAAAACCAGGACGUAAACGGAAAUCCUGCGCCAGAAAAACGAGAGGGACGAAGGACGAUUUUCGACGACUGGGACGCACAGUACAGACAGACGGAACAUGAAGAAACAGAGGCGGAUAAGAACCCUUUGUUCGUCACUGUCCAAACUCUAAAGAAAGGCGAAGUGUUUGGUUUACAAUACAUCGUCUUUGAUGAUCAGCCCCAGCCUAGUUUGAUAGUAGUAAGCAAUGGGGCCGACUGUGUACGAAUAAGCCGUCGACUUUUUAAACAACAUUUGCAGAAGGACCCGCGUAUGGUGGACAGAUUAACCAAUCAGGUAUCGCCGUAUCCUACGGACGAACAGCUACAGGAUCAGCUGAUCACACGAGUGAACUGGGAGUCUUACAAAGAAAUAAGCAUCAACCAAAAUAUGUCACGAAUCCGAGAACGGUGCAAAAGACAUACCAAGAAACAGCGUCCGUUUCAGUUUUAA